AUCAUCAUAAGUUAAAAAAAGAGGUAGUAAGAUAGUCGUAAAAUACGUAGCGAUGACCUACGUAAAUUAGUUAAAUUUGACAACCAUUCUCACAUACUGAGGCGAACACACAAUAUAGGAUAAUAUUGCUAUAUUAUGCUUACAAUAAAAUAACGAAGUUCAAUAUUAAAUCAUUUCAAUCAUGAUGUAAUAUUUAUUAAAAAACUUCUAUUUAUGAAUUAUAUAUACAUUUAGCUUCAAUAUAAGGAAAUGAUAAAUUAUUAAUGACUUCAGCCGAACACUUUAUUAGUUUAAUUACUGUGGCAAGUGCUAAGAAAUUAGCCACUGCACUUGUCUUGUGUUUUAUUUUAUAUCAUGGAUUAAUGCACAUUAUAUAUGGUAGUGACUCUUGUAAAUGGUUAUUAACAGAAGGAAGAUAUAAAGGAGAUAAAGAAUGGCAGCCUUAUGGUUGUAUGAUGCAUUAUUAUACACAAACAGACAGUCGCAGAUGUUUGAGAUAUCUAGCUUUCAUGGGCCACCAUAAUCACUUUGUAUUUAUUGGAGACGUUAGAAUCAGACAAUUAUAUAAGUCUUUUAUAUCACAAUUUAUAGUUGAUGGGAAAGCAUCUGAUUUAACAGAAUUACCAGAGAAUUCUGAUUUAAAUUUCAAUGAUGCACAACUUAGAUUAAAUGUACAAUUUUUGUGGAGACCUCAAUUGGAUAAUAUUAUGAUAGAAGAUCUUAGAAGUUGGAUGAAAACUGAUGCACCUAGUUUAAUUAUUUCAGGCUGUGGAGCAAUGACAAUUCUUGCUAAUAAUAAUAGUGACACUCAAUUGUACUCUGAAUAUAGUAUGGGAUUAGUGAGACUUGUACAACCAGUAGACUUUUUAGCAAAAAAAAAUACAAAAUAUUUAUGGAUGUUGCAAGAUCCUGUAAUAAAAGAAAGACUGCCAGCUCAAUUAUCAGGCAUAGAUAAUAGACAGAUCAAUUUAUGUAAUAAAGCAGCAAUAAAGAUACUAUCUCAUAGUGAGGUUCAUAUAUGGGAAAGUAGUAAACUUGUUGGUGCAGGUGUAUUGGAACAAAGUCCAGAUGGAUAUUUAGCUAGUCCUCUGUCUUUGCGACAUAAGAUUCAAAUAUUGUUAAAUACUUACUGUAAUGAUCAUAUGAAUUUUGAUGAUGGAAGUUGUUGCAGUUAUCCAGAACCAGCAACAAUAUUGCAAUUAUUAAGUUUGUCAAUACUUGCUUUAUGCAUAAUAAUUGGUGGUGGAAUGUGGUUAUAUAGAAAGUUUUGUUAUUAUCGAACUGAAAUUUCUUACUUACGUGUUGACAUGGAAAAUACUGAAGAAGCAAAUAAUUCUGAAACUAUACAAAUUGAACAACCCGAAGUACAAGAUUUUUAUACUUUGAUGACAUCUCUGGCUCUCUUGUCAAUUAUUUUAUCUUAUUUUUAUUUAUGUGAUAGAUUUUUAUUUAUAUUUAGGACAAAUUUCUUCAUGAAAGAAAAUAAAUACUAUAGUGAAUUUAGUUUUUGGUUGCCAUUAGGAUAUAUAUUAGCUCUUGGUUUAUUUUUUACUGAAGAUAGAGAAAGAGGGCCAAGAACUUUGAAUCGAGAACAAACAGAUGAAUGGAAAGGAUUAAUGCAAGCUGUAGUAUUAAUUUAUCAUGUUACUGGAGCUAAAAAUGUCUUACCUAUUUAUAUGUAUUUAAGAUUAAUUAAUUCUGCUUAUUUAUUUCUUUCUGGAUAUGGACAUUUUUGUUACUUUUGGCAAACGGGUGAUGUUUCUUUAAUAAGAUUUGCACGAGUAAUGUUUAGAUUAAAUUUUCUAACUGUGUCUUUAUGCCUUUGUAUGAACAGACCAUAUCAGUUUUAUCACUUUGUUCCCUUAGUCUCCUUCUGGUUUUUAGUAAUUUAUUUCUUAGCAUGGUUACCACCAAGAAUAUAUUCUGGUAGUUUAAACGAAUAUGGACCAAGAGCUUUACUUUAUCUUGCAUUAAAACUUUUAGGUCUUGUAUCAAUGAUUACAAUAUUAUAUAUGUCAGAGGUGUUUUUUGAAAAAGUAUUUGUAACAAGACCUUGGAAAGCAUUAUUUGUUACAACUGAUGAUGAUAUACGUGAAUGGUGGUCACGGUGGAGAGUGGAUAGAUAUAGUGUAACUUGGGGAGUAACUUUUGGGGCAGGUCUUGUAGCUUUGCAAAGAAUAGAUCACAUUCCAGGAACUGCAUUAUCUUCUCUAUUAGCAUUAAUUUCUUUAACUGCUUAUACUACUUUUACAAUAUUAUGUCAUUCAGUAUCUGAAUGUGAGGAAAUUCACUCAUAUGUUGCAUUUAUUCCAAUUAUAGGUUACAUUGCACUUAGAAAUGCUUCAUUAGCAUUACGUGGUAAACAUUCAGCUCUUUUGACUGGUUUAGGUCGCAUCAGCUUAGAAACUCUAGUCGCACAAGGUCACAUUUGGUUGGCAGCAGAUUCGCAUGGUGUAUUAGUUUUAUUACCAAGAUUUCCAGUAUUAAAUCUUUUAGUUACAUCAUUCAUCUUUAUAUGUGCAAGUCACGAAAUACAUAGAUUAACUCAAGUAUUAGCACCUUAUGCAGUACCAAAUGAUUGGAGACUAGUGGCUCGCAACUUAUUAUUAUUUAUUGCAGUUCUUGUACCAAUUGGCAUUCAUGAUGGAAUGUUUUGAAAUAUAUGUUUUUAUAAUUAGUCAAAUUCUAUAUAUAAAAAAACGCUUCAUGUAUAUAUUACAAACAUAUUUCCAAUAUUGCUGGUAAUUUUUUCAAGCAUUAAAAAUUUAUAUCUAUGAAG